AUGGUCAUUGUGCUGUGUACGUGUAAAGAGUACAAUCGCUACAGUGGCUACAUCAAGUCAGUUCAGUUGCUGUGGGAGAAGCAGUGCUGUGCCCAGCAGAAAAGUAUUUUGAAACAGUUCCUAGUCUUGCAGCAGCAGGGGGAGGUUCCGUCCCACAUCUCACUGACGGAUAUUAGAGAAUGGCUCAUUGCCAAGGGCAGGAACUACUUCAAGAACACGUUUCAGAGUGAAAUUAAAGAGGGGAAGAACCUUUACUUGGCCGAACUGGCUUGGGAGGUGAAACGACGCCUCAGGCUUGAGGAGCUGGAAAGAGAAGUGUGCAGGGAGCUGCGCCUGGAGCGCCGAAUUGGACAGCCUGGUAGCCAGAUGGGAGAUUGGAGACCCCUGGGCAUGGAGACACACACACCUCUGGUAAUGGACUCUCCCUUCAGACACUUUACCUCCUCGAUGGACACUCUUUCCAGUCAGAUCUCGACUAAGAACCUCAAGGUUGCUAGGCUACAUACUGCCAGACCACGUUCUGCCAGACCACCAACUGAAAGACCUAGCAGUGACUCUGAUCACUCUGGAACCUUUUCUACUGUGAUGACCUGCUCACCACAUUCAGCUAGCCCGUCAGUGAUGACUGUUAGGGACUUGCUGCUCAUGAUUGGGCACAUAACAAGCUCAGUAUUGGAGGAGGUAAAUGGCAUCCUGAUCCCUGCCUUGGUUGACCUUAUAAGGCUGAGAGCUUCAGAAAGUGCUGCAGAGAGUUUGCUCCCCAUCAGCAGAGACACCAACGAAGAUUCAACCCAGGGCUCUGUCAGCUGUACCUCCUUACUCUCCAAAGUCAAUGUGAUCUGUCUCACUCAGAGUCCUGACAGUAGGUCCUCCCCAAUCUCCAUUGAUGAACCAGUCACUGCUGUCCAGACUUGUUGUAGCAGCAGUUCUCUGUCCAGUGAGGAACGAGCACACUCUUCCUCCAGUCAGAUCUCUACUAAGAACCUCCUGGCUACUAGGCCACGUUCUACCAGGCCCCAAUCUGCCAAACCGCCACCUGUUAAACCAUCACCUGCUAAACCACCAUCUGAUAAACCGUCAUCUGCUAAACCACCAUCUGAUAAACCACCAUCUGCUAAACCACCACCUGCUAAACCACCAUCUGCUAAACCACAAUCUGCUAAACCACCACCUGCUAAACUACAGUCUGCUAAACUACAAUCUGCUAAACUACCACCGGCUAAACUACAAUCUGCUAAACCACAAUCUGCUAAACCACCACCUGCUAAAUUACAGUCUGCUAAGCUACAAUCUGCUAAACCACCACCUGCUAAACUACAAUCUGCUAAACCACAAUCUGCUAAACCACCACCUGCUAAAUUACAGUCUGCUAAACUACCACCGGCUAAACUACAAUCUGGUGUUUGUCAGCCACUUAAGGAGUAG